AUGGCGGUGUCGGCGCCGUCUUGGUCGGACGGCGCGCAUCGGUUCCUCAAACGGUGCGCCUCGGCGGGCAACCUCGACGCAUGCUACUCGCUCGGCAUGAUUCAAUUCUACUGCCUCGAGGACCGCCGCGGCGGAGCGACGCUGCUCGCGCGCGCCGCGCUCGGCGGGCACGCGCACGCGCUGCACUCGCUCUCCGUGAUCCACUUCAACGGCAGCAGCGGCACGCGCCUCGACCGCGACCUGCUCGCGGGCGUGCUGCUGUGCGCGAAAGCCGCGGCGCAAGGCCACGUGGAGGCGCUUCGGGAGCUGGGGCACUGCCUGCAGGACGGGUACGGGGUUCCGCGGAACGUGGCGGAGGGGAGGCGGCUGCUGCUCGAGGCGAACACUAGGGAGGCCGCUACAGUUGCCGCCGCUACAGCCGCCACAGCCGCUACAACGGCUGCAGGUGCUGCUGGAACCUCUUCAGUCGCGGUUGGAGCCACUACAGCAGUUGAUGCAGCACCAGCAGGGGCAGCAGCUGCUACAGCCGGAAGAGCGGGUACAGCAUUUGCAGCUGCUGCGAUCUCUCCGCCUCCUGUCGCAACACAAACUGUUGCUGCACACGCGCCUUGGCGUCCAGAGGCAACAGAAGCUGUUGCAGGGGGGGCAUUCGCAGAGGGGACAGUCGCAGAAGGAGCAUUCGCAGGAGGGACAGGCGCAGGGGAGACAGUCGCAGGGGGGACAGUCACAGGGGGAGCAGUUGCUAGCCGUCCCCAGUACAGAACUUAUCAGCUCAGCCUUUCCAUAUUCAGCCCCCUGAAACUCAACCCUCCCCAGCUGUUCCCUCUCAGAGAUCCACCCAGCAAUAUGUCUUCUCGUCCGUAG